GAUGAACCUUUUGCCCAUUACAAGUUCACAACAACAAAAAAGCAACUACUAAACCUUCUCUUCACUUCCUCUCUUUACAUCAUCUUGUAGACUUCUCUACAUUUCACAGUUAAUUAAGACAAUCAAGAGAUGCAAAUGCUAAGAAGCUUUAGCACUAGGACAAGAAGCCGUCGUGGAGCCUACGAGCGAGUAAGUGAUGAUUCAACUUUCAGCUUACUCGGAGCCAAGCUAAGAAGAUCGACAAGUGUUCCUUACUACGCUCCAUCUAUAAAGCUUGGUGCCGGUGGUGCUCCAACCAUCCUCGAGGAAAUUCCUCGUCAAAAAUCCAAGAAAGUCAAACCAACAAGCAAAUUUAGCCACCCUAUCUUUAGCUUUUUAUACGGAAAGAAGAAGAAGUCAACGACUAGGAAGCCUGAGUUUUCUAGGUAUCUUGAGUAUUUGAAAGAAGGUGGCAUGUGGGAUGCUAGAUCUAAUGCUCCUGUUAUUUAUUACAAGUAGAUAAUGAAUAUAUGGGAAAUGAAAAUCAAGAAAGUUUUAAGUCUUCGUUUAGUUCAAAUGAGUUUAUAUCUUUAAAUUUGUGAUGAUAUUUGUAUAUUAUAAUUAUCGAUUCAUUCAUUUGA